AUCCCUUGAAGGAAACAAACUCAGUGGUUCGAUUCCCACUCCAGUUGCGCCAUAUGGUCCUCUAAGGGAACUAUACCUUGGUAACAAUCAGCUCACAGGCUCAAUCCCCGGAAAGCUCAACUUGCUUACAACUUUGGAGUUUAUUAACGUCUCAUCCAACCUGCUCACAGGCAGCAUCCCUGCUGAUUUCAGUGCCCUCGGGAAACUGUGGAAACUUGAUAUUAGUCAAAAUCAAAUCACUGGCUCGAUCCCUGCUGAAUUAAGCACUCUCAGAAACCUGGACGAUCUUAUCCUCUCACACAACCAGCUUACGAACAGCAUCCCUGCUGACUUUACCGCGCUCUUACUGCGGAGAGUGUACCUUGCGGGUAAUCAGCUCACUGGCUCCUUUGAUGCAUUUACAGGCUAUGGUUCUUACGUAAGGGAGAU